CUGCUGGAGCUGAGACGUCGGCGGCGGAGGCGGCUCGAGCGCCUUCUCGGACCAGCGACUCGGUGGCGCUGCAGGGUUCACAGAUGGAUUCAGUGGCAAAGACCACCAACAGAAGUGAACAGAAAUCAAGAAAGUUCCUGAAAAGCCUGGUCCGGAAGCAGCCACAGGAGCUGCUGCUGGUCAUCGGGACGGGCGUGAGUGCGGCCGUGGCCCCGGGCAUCCCGGCGCUGCGCUCCUGGCGAGGCUGCAUUGAAGCUGUGAUCGAGGCUGCAGGCCAACUGGAGGUGCUCCACCCCGGGGACAUCGCCGAGUUCCGAAGGAAGGUGACCAAGGACCGAGACCUGCUGGUCCUUGCCCACGACCUCAUCCGCAAGAUGUCCCCUCGCACAGGUGACACCAAGCCCAACUUCUUCCAGGACUGCCUCAUGGAGGUCUUCGACAGCCUGGAGCACCACAUCCAGGACCCGCUGGUGCUACAGGCCAUCCUCAACCUGAUGGAGCGUGGCGCUAUGGUGCUCACCACCAACUACGACAACCUGCUCGAGCUCUUUGGGCGGCAACAGGGUCGGCCCAUGGAGUCGCUGGACCUCAAGGACAAGACCAAGGUGCUCCAGUGGGCAAGAGGCCACAUCAAGUAUGGCGUCCUCCACAUCCACGGCCUGUACACUGACCCCUGUGGGAUGGUGCUGGACCCGUCAGGGUAUAAAGAUGUGACUCAAGACUCCGAAGUUAUGGAGGCGCUGCAGAACCUGUACCUGAGCCGGUCCUUCCUGUUCGUGGGCUGCGGGGAGACCCUGCGCGACCAGAUCUUCCAGGCGCUGUUCCUCUACGCGGUGCCCAACAGGGUGGACCUGGAGCACUACAUGCUGGUGCUCAAGGAGGGCGAGGACCACUUCUUCAAGCAGCAGGCUGACCUGCUGCUGCACGGCAUCAAGGUGGUGUCCUACGGGGACUGCUUCGACAGCUUCCCAGGCUACGUGCAGGAGCUCAGCGCCCAGAUCUGCCGCCAGGGGGGCCCAGACGCAGAUCGGGUGGACAGCACCACGCUCCUGAGUAAUGCCUGUCAGGACUGUGCAAAGAGGAAGCUGGAGGAGAAUGGGGUGGAAGUUUCCAAAAGGCUGCGGCUGUCGGACACCGAUGAUGCUGGAGGGUCUUGAGAUCUAAACCCAAUAAAGCCUACAACCUGAGCACCAGCCUCUGUAGCCGCAAUGCCACAUGCGAGCGAUGAGGACCGGCCAGAGAAGGCCACUCGGAUCUCAGUUCUCCACCGUCACCUACCCCCCAAAAGAACACGUGAGGCUGAGGCUGGGUGAAGGCGCCCCCGCCUGUCUGCCUGCUGGCAGGGGUAACACACCACAUCAGGUAGUUCUGUCAGGACCGUCGAUGGGACCGGCUAUCUCAGGGACCGGAACCUGGGCCAGCCCUCAACAAUGAGGGGUGAGUGAAGACUGGCCUACCCAGCAACCCUGGUUGCCAAAGAGAAAAUGAGAAACCAGACACUGACAUUUUAUCCCGUCUCUGCCAACAGUUGUCUCUGCGGAGGAAAGACUCGAAAGGCGUGUUUGUUGCAUCGUUAAAUAGUGAGGGGUGAGUGGGACCCACAGGCCCAGGAGCAGCUAGUGAGAGUGGUGGUUUAAGGACAAUCAAUGGAAUGGGGUGGUUUCAGCUGCCUCUGUUCCAAAGACAUUAGCGGGCCCCUUCACAGUGCAGUCCCGCCACCCUGGCCUCAGGGCAAAAAAGCAGCCUCAAUUUGUCACUUAGUUGUAGUUAAAACUCCCAGUUUUCCGGUCUUUUGGGGUCAGUGCAGCCUUCCUGUCCUCAGCGCUUGGGGCCCAGCCGGGGCCCUAGUGAAGGGGCCGCGCAGAGAGAGGACAAAGGCCUGCAGAGGCUGCCAGCCCUUGAUGGGACGUUUCUUGCCGAGACUGUGCCACUCCCCAUCGAUGGCAUCGAAGCACUGCAGCACUGUUACACGUCACGGAUCUUGAAGCUUCAGAUGUCCCUCCUAAGAGCUGUUUCCUUCUGCAGCACAGACAGGCUAUCAUGCUGGUCCUGAAUCGAGCGCUAACCUCGUUCGUGUGUGCAUCUCUGUGGCUCUGAGCAGCGGUGUCAGCCAACAAGUUGUAGCUCGAGCUGCCACUCCCCUGGAAGGCCACGUCAUCGAUUAGCACAUGUUUAAAAUAAACUUCCUGUGGACCACUGAGGAAGUGCAGUUGGGCUGGGCAUCCUCUGGAAGGCACUGUGGGUGUGGGCUGAGGGCCAGCUCUUGGCCCCUUCACCAGGCUGCAACCUACCCACUGCCGUUGUCCCUUACCACCCUUCUGGUGUGAGCAGGGUCUGUCCACUGUGUCCCUGUUUGCUCAAGCCAGAAUGGGCUUUCCAUCGUGCCUCCCCAGACCUAACGUCAUUCUUGGGGUCUUUAAGAAGUUUGCUCACUUCUCUCCCUGAUCCACAUGCUUCUCUCCCUGAUCCACAUGUGCCCCGCAAUGGCCACACAUGCCUCGCGGGUCUCUCCCUUCCCAGCUCCUGCCUCAGCUGGGGUGAGAAUCUGGGAACUCCUUCCACUUUCGCUGCCUGCUGCCACCAGCAGCCAUGGGUCCUCUCAGGAGUGAGGUGCUUUGGGUAGUGUUGCAGCGCUGGCGAACUUCUUAAUCAUGUAACAGGUUCAGGUGGCUGUGGCUUUUACUAGGGUCCUGGUUGGUGUGUGUCACUGAGGUUUUGAGUGAUAUGUCUUGACUCCCCCGUUCCCCAUGGGCCCCGUGCAGUGUGAGCAGAGCAGACUGGGCUGAGGCUCACCUGUGACUCUGGAUCACCCGACUUGAGGGGUGGGUCUAAAGAAGCUGCUGGCAGCAAUGAUGGGACCACUCGAUGGUGAGGUUGGCAUUUUUCAAGCCAGACUGAAAACUAGUAUGGGCCUGAAUAUAUGAAGCAUGCAUGAACCAGUAUGAUGCCCAGGAUGGCAAUAAUCCUAGGUCAGCGCCUGCCAGAAAUGGGAUCCUCCUCUUAGAAAAAAAGAGCAGCUUGUGUGUUGCAUGGCAACCAGGCGUCUUGACUGGAAGAGUCUGAAACAGUGGCCCAAAGAUGGCUGCUAUCCCGCCCUGCUAGGAGUCUCAGUCCAGUCUGAGCAGUGAUCCAGUCCCAAGCAUCAGGCUCUCCUGCGGUCUCCUGUCCCAUAAUUGUCAUUUGAGCACACCUACAUUUUACAAAUGUAAGCUUACUCCACUGUGCUGUGGUGGCCACUAGGGAACUGGUUUGAAGCCCUGCUUUCAGGAGCUGGAGGUGCAGGUGAUGUCGUCCUCACUGGGGGCCAAUACUAGACUCAGGAGAAUCCAGUGAUAAUUUGAGAUGCAUAGCUUUUGUGACAAUCUACGUUGGCCCCAAAUACAUUAUUGUUACAUGAAGCAGUGGUGAGUGUCGCAGGAAAGCAAUCCCAUCACUUCCAGAGGCUGCUCCUGGGCUAGCUCUCGGGCCCAACAAGGUCUAAGGAGAAGACUACCAGUGGUUAUUGGUUCACUUAGAAAUGGAAAUGGAGUCCUUUAGAAAAUUCUACAUCUUUUCUACCCACAAUAUAUUGAAUAGAGAUGUCAUCUGUUAUUUGAGAAAGCCUGUGGUUUUCCAGUUUCCUUAAAUUAUAUUCAGAAAAAUGUCGAUAGCAUGGGAACAGACCUUUUUCAGUUUGACCAUUAAACUUGGUUUUGCUUCUCAAAA